AUGGCAGGAUGUCUGGUCAAGCUGGGGAUCCACUGUGUCACAUGCCAGAAAGUUGCAAUUAAGAUUGUCAACCGAGAGAAACUCAGCGAGUCGGUACUAAUGAAGGUUGAGCGGGAAAUAGCGAUUCUGAAGCUCAUAGAACACCCUCACGUUUUAAAGCUGCACGACGUCUACGAAAAUAAGAAAUACUUGUAUCUGGUGUUAGAGCACGUCUCAGGGGGAGAGCUCUUUGACUACCUGGUAAAGAAGGGACGGUUAACACCCAAGGAGGCCAGGAAGUUCUUCAGACAGAUCAUCUCUGCACUGGACUUCUGCCAUAGUCACUCCAUAUGCCACAGAGAUUUGAAGCCAGAGAACCUGUUGUUAGAUGAGAAGAACAACAUCAGGGUAGCAGACUUUGGCAUGGCCUCUCUACAGGUCGGCGACAGUCUGCUGGAGACCAGCUGUGGAUCUCCACACUAUGCAUGCCCAGAGGUUAUAAGGGGGGAGAAGUAUGACGGCAGAAAAGCAGAUGUGUGGAGCUGUGGGGUCAUCCUCUUUGCCCUAUUGGUGGGUGCCCUUCCAUUUGAUGAUGACAAUCUGAGGAACCUGCUGGAGAAGGUGAAGCUAGGAGUGUUCCAUAUGCCCCACUUCAUACCCCCAGACUGUCAGAACCUCCUCCGGGGAAUGAUCGAGGUAGACGCCACCAAACGGCUAACGUUAGAACAGAUUCAGAAGCACAACUGGUACAUAGGGGGUAAGAAUGAACCCGAACCAGAGCAGCCUGUUCCCAGGAAGGUGGCUAUACGGAGCCUGCCCUCUACAGACGACAUAGAUCCGGAUGUACUGGACAGCAUGCAUUCUCUGGGCUGCUUCAGAGACAAGAACAAACUGAUGAAGGACCUGCUCUCGGACGAAGAUAACCAGGAGAAGAUGAUCUACUUCCUGCUGUUGGACCGUAAGGAAAGGUACCCCAGCCACGAGGACCAGAACCUGCCCCCACGCAACGAGAUUGACCCCCCCAGGAAGCGUGUGGACUCCCCCAUGCUGAACCGCCAUGGCAAAAAGAGACCGGAGAGGAAGUCUAUGGAGGUGCUGAGUGUCACAGACGGAGGCUCCCCCGUACCCGCCAGGAGGGCCAUCGACAUGACACAGCACGGACAGAGGUCAAGGUCCAUAAGUGGAGCAUCUUCCGGUCUCUCCACUAGCCCUCUCAGCAGCCCACGGGUUACCCCUCACCCAUCCCCCCGGGGCAGCCCCCUCCCCACCCCCAAGGGCACCCCUGUGCACACACCCAAGGAGAGCCCGGCGGGCACGCCCAACCCCACGCCGCCCCCCAGCCCAUCUAUCGGCGGUAUGCCCUGGAGGACACGCCUCAACUCCAUCAAGAACAGCUUCCUGGGCUCGCCGCGCUUUCACCGCAGGAAACUACAAGUUCCCACACAAGAGGAGAUGUCCAGCCUCACACCAGAGUCUUCCCCAGAGAAAUACAAAGGCAGCAUCUCACCAGACUCAUCCCCAGAACUUGCCAAAAAAUCCUGGUUUGGUAACUUCAUCAACCUGGAUAAAGAGGAGCAGAUCUUCAUCUUGAUCAAAGAUAAGCCUCUGAGCUCCAUCAAGGCUGACAUCGUCCAUGCCUUUCUUUCGAUCCCUAGUCUCAGCCACAGUGUGAUCAGCCAGACGAGUUUCCGGGCAGAGUACAAGUCCACAGCCGGCCCCACGGUCUUCCAGAAGCCAGUCAAGUUCCAGGUGGACAUCACCUACACAGAGAGCACCACCGCCCCCAAGGAGAACGGCAUCUACUCUGUCACCUUUACCCUGCUCUCAGGACCCAGCCGGCGCUUCAAGCGGGUGGUAGAGACAAUUCAGGGCCAGUUGCUAAGCACACAUGACCAGCCGGGAGUUCAGCAGCUUUCUGGAAUUAUCCAGAAAACCUAUUAGAUCCUCCUCCUGCCUCCCUGCUCCACUCCGCCUAUCCUCUUCCUCCUUGGCCAUCACUUCAACCCCACCGUCUGCACACCAAGAGAUGGACAUUUGUUGACUGAGUUGGGGACCGCUUUUCAAGGGGCCUCCUUCGCUACCCCGAGCAGCAGUCCCCGAGGGAGAAAACAGCAAUCCAUAUCCCUCUGAUACACAAGCAUGUUAUAUACACACACACACACACACACACACACACACACACACACACACACACACACACACACACACACACCUUGAUUAUUAAGCAUUUAACACCCAAACACACAAUCUCAUUACACAAAUAUAUACACGCUCCCCUUCUCACACACUAUUGCACAGUAUUUAUAGACAAACUCUGGGAUGUAAUAACAAGAACAAAGAACAAAAAAAUUGACAGAACAAUGAAGUGACCAAAAGGAGAAGCGAGGGAGGAUGAGUUUGUUGAUCUACUGUAGUAUCAACAUCCGACGCGGACGCUUGCUGGAUUGUAUCGUUUCUCUUUUUAAUGUACUUCCUCUUUCUUCGUGAAGAAACUGGAUUUAAAAAUACUAAAUGGACAUUUAUUAGACUCAAUACCAUUGCUGCAAAUUGACUGGAAUUGCUAUUUCAGAAAGCAAGGGGUGUAUGCAGCAUGGGUUGGGGGGGUACGACUUGAUCUGGGGUUGUGGGGAGGGGUGGAGGGAUUCAGGGUGGAGGUGGGUAUUGGGGUAUUGGGGGUUAUCUAAAUGAAUGAUCUACUCUGUUGUACAGACUGAAUUCAUUUCGUAUGUAAAAAGGAAAUGUCUAGUUGUGACAGUGUUUAGAUAUACCAGUAGGACCAGGUUUUACAAACUUGCGUUGCCACACUUCCCUUUUUCCCCCCUUUAUUUCACCCUGUAUUUUUGUUUAUAUGGUCAUUUAGGAUUAUGAAUUUGUUUGAUUUGAUCUGAGUAAGGUGUCAUGGUACAAACAUUACUGUAUUCACCAAGUUUCUACCCCUUUUCCCCAGAGCACUUUGUCAUUUGUCAUGUACAGUAUACCUAUUUUAGUCUUAACUACCAGCAGUAGGAGUUUGAGGAGAAAAAAAAAAAGUGAAAUGCAAUUGUGGAUAUUUUUGUAUUUUUUCCUUAUUUAUUCAUAUUUGUUCAUUUUCUCUGUUCCGUUUCCUAAUUUGUUAUUUUAACCUCACUCUGAAAGAAAAGCUGUUAGAUCAGUUGAAUGCUAUUUAUUUAUUUACCUGCUUGUAUGUUUGUAAAUGAGGCAACACGCUUUUGUUCAGUCAAAUAUUUAAUUUUUUUCAUUCCUUUGUCUGACUGUAUUUCUUUCCUAGUGUUCAAGAGGGAGUGGGAAAUACUUGUGUUGUAUAUGUUUAAAGGUCCACUGCAGCUCUAUUUUUUUUCUCAACAUCAAAACAUUUCUGGGUAACAACCUUAAUGUGAUUGUUUUCAAUUAAAAUGAUCAAAAACAAAAUAGAAAUAGCUUCUUAGCAGAGAUACAUUUCUCAAGCAACAAUUUUACUAGGACUGUCUGGGAGUGGUCUGAGUGGGGAGGGGAAACUGAAAACUAGCUGUUAUUGGCAGAGAAGUUUGGGACACUUUCUUAUGGGUCUAUUAACUCAUUUACCGCCUGGUGAUGUCACCAGGCAGGCCAAUACUCCAUCCCACUCAAACAGGCAGUCUUUUCAAACAGCUCUUACAUUAAAAGGGCAUUAUCAUAAUUUUCACAAUGUCACAGUAUUAUUCUAACCUCAUAGUGUGGAAAUAUAUAUAACAUACAGUAAAUCUAGAUUUUGACUGCACUGGGCCUUUAAGAAAAAUGAUUUUACCAGUCAUUUAAGAAUGUAGAAUUCAGCCUCUUUUGGGGAGAAAUAUUGAUUCUAUUGAUAUUUGUCAGUUUCAUCUAAUCAUCAUGUGUGUAGACCAGUUAGAGGUGUCAAACAACUUCCUUAUCCACUCUUCUUCUCUUGUACAGUACAUAGACAAACAUGGGGGUUGAAAUGCUUCUUCUUCUUCUACACUGGAGAUAUUCCUGCUCUUAUGCUUUUAUCUUGUAUUGCUGUGUGCAUGUAAACAUGAGCUUUUCUUUGCAUGGCUUUAGUGUUAAUGCUCCAUAGAACUCUCUCACUUUCUUUCCCUCUGCCCUUAGCCUAACAAUUCUCUCUCUUUCUCUUCCUAUGUUUAGCCUCCGCCACCUCUUCUUCUCCACUCUUGUUUCUUUUCCUCUAUCUCUCCUUGCCCCCUCCUCUCUCUUCUUCUCCCCCCUUAUCAUCUAUCUUUUGCACAGCAUUGAGUGAUGCUUCCUCUUGCUCUGUCCGUCACUCUGUACGGCUGUAAGGGAGGAAGCACUGAGGGCACCGGGUGCUAGGGGAAUCACACAGUCCUGGGUGGUGUCCCAAAUGGCACCCUAUUCGCUACGUAGUGCAUUACUUUUGACCAGAGACCUAUGGGUCUUGGUCAAAAGUAGUGCCCUAUAUAGGGAAUAGGGUGCCAUCUGGGAUACACCCUUAAAGCGUUAACCGGUGAAAAGGGGCACCCGCAUUGCUGAUGUUUUGGCGGUGUCGGAGGUAUAACUGCGUUGAAGCUGUCAAAUCGGUGAGCAGUAACUCUUGAUCAUUGUCACGAAGACACACCCAUCCAACUUGUGUUAGAAGUUCAGAACGACAGCGAAAAUUUGUAUAAACCUUGCUGUCUGUCUCUCCGACAUUUGCAACAUUGAAUUAGAAUAUUGAAACAAUCUCCAGCUGUCCCAUAGUAUUGAACGUGUCAGGAGUCGGGAUGACAGGCAGGCAGCUUUUCAGCCAGUCGAGAUCAUGAGCCAGCAUAGUUCUUUGUAUAUAUCCAUAAAAAUGAUCAAUAGAAAACAGGUCAAACAAAAUGAAGUGCAGCUAGUUUAGAGUCUUUCCAGCUUCAGUUUGAAGUGAUUGUGUUAGGUGUGUUCUCGGCUAGUUCUCGAACAACAAUGUCCUGACGAGGUGAAAUCGCGUAUCAUUAGCUUAUUAUUAUGGAUGUAGCCAAGUAAAUGUCACUACAAAACAGCUUAAACAAAUGCAAUUGCAGCUAUUUUGUUGUUAUUCUGGCUGCACUGUUUGACGUGACUGUAAAUUAGUCAUAGUUGGCUCGUUAGCCAGCAAGGGAUAAGAACGUUGCCAGCCAGUAUGGCAAUGGAACGUUUAGAUCGAUGACUGAGUCGCAUCCAUAGAUACAGAACAAAAAGACUGAACGACUGGGUCUCUUCUCUGGAAACUGAACCGAUUGAACGAUUGACCAGCCGACUUGGGUAGCAAGUAUAGUUGCUACCCAAGAACUAUAUCUUGUGGAAGGAUGAAGUAGUAUGAAAAAAUUCAUCAAAACAAAGUUAAUGAAAUAUGUCAAUCAUUAUUUGAAUAUGUUGGUAAUAAGGAACAGCCUCUAUUCAUCUUGUGUACAGUAGUUACAAAUCUCUGAACUCAUUGCUAUGCAAUUAAAAUGCAAAUACCGAAGUAUUAUGUAACACAACACUAAUAAAAUGUUGCUACAAAUGUAACUGAAAUGUUUUACCCAGGCACAAGGACAGUUUCAUGUAAAGUGUUACUGAGAACGCUAACACUAACAUAAACAUUUCUAUUAAGUAUCGAAAGGAAACUAAAUAGUACAAAACUGCCUUCGUAAAUCAACUAGAGCCAAGGUAGGUUGAAAAUUAUGUUCGUUUGUAUUCUGUAUUCUGUUAGUUUGUAUUCUAAACUACCCCUUUAAAGAUGGUGCAUUGUGUGUUUGAAACAAGAACACUUACCCUCAGAUGGACAAAGAGGUUCGAAGUUGUUUUUGCUAAGCAUCCAACUUGCUGUUUGCAAUGUUUGCAAAUGGUUUUGAAUUCUCUGCAGUAUUUUCAGGUAUGCUAAAAUUUAUUGCAGUUUUCAAGCUUUUCAGUGGCAUGUUGAACGAGUCAUACUUGAGUUGAAAGUCACAACUUAUCUGUACAAUUAAUUAGCUGGUUAAUUGGUUUGACUUGACACCUGGGGCAAUGGACAUUUAGGAGAAUGAACAUUUACAGAAUGGUCAGAUAGAAAUGUAUUGUGUAGAUCAAAUAGGACUGUUAGAUAGAUUGGAAUAGUAUAGGAGAUUGUGUGUGCUUUAUUCAUUUUAUUUCCAUCUUCAACAUGCAGCUACAAAUUCAUCCCUGACCAUAGUUGAAGGUGGCCAAUACACCAAUAGUUCCUGAGAUCUGUAUUCAAAUAUUUGCUUAAAGUUGUUGCUUUCUCAGAUUUGUAAUCAAAUAGUGUAAAACAGUAGUUACUUUCGGAGAUGUGUAUUCAAAUAUUUGUAAAAAGUAGAUUUUUAGUUUUUUUUUGGGGGGGGGGGGUCUGUAUUCAAAUUGUUUUAAAUCACCUACAAAGAAACUAGUUACCCCAGGUUUGCAAGGCUGCAUGGGAUUUCUGCACGCAGAGACAUAAAAAUAGUAUCUACGAGUUAAUUUGACUUGUUAAUGUGACUCUGUGUAGCCAAUGGCAAUGUCCACUUUAGGUAUAAUGCCAAAAGCCACUUGUGGAUUUGACAGCUCUAAUGCAGUUCCACCUGUGACACCGCCAAAACAACCUCUAUGCUAAAGCAAUACCCUACUGUUAGUUACCUCUUCAACCUCCCUAUUUUCUACAGUGGAAAAACUAGCGACAUUAAGGUCAUCCGAUGAUACCAGUUAUGGUUACAGAGCAUUUUGGGUAUUGUAGUUCUCAUGCUACACCGGGGCCGCAAGCACUCCUUUUAUUACCAGAGCGGGAUACAAGCAAAUAAACAAUGUCAUCCUUCUUGUAACAUAACUGUGAGCAACUUCAGUAUGGAAAACUCCAAUAAACUCAGUUAAGGGUU